AUGGGUUCCUCUUCAUCAGUAAACAAUUUUACUUUUCACGAAGCUUGUCGAAAAGGUGAUGUCGAAAGCGUACGUAAAUUAUUACCGACAAUGAAGUAUAAAAAAAUUAAUUGUCGAGGACUUGAUGGUAAUACACCAUUACAUUUGGCCUGUGAAAGUAAUCAUAAAGAAAUUGUUUCUUUGCUAUUUGACGAACGAGAUUUAUGUUCAAGAACAAUAUUAAACAAUAAAGGAUUAACAGCUUAUGAAAGUACAAAAUCUGAUGAAAUACGACAACUAUUCCGUCGUCCAACUACAUCAGGUGAUCAACGGUUCUAUGAUAAUAAUGUUACUUCUUCUUUACAACCGAUACCAAGCACAACAAAUCUUACUCAUCAAUCAUCUAUACCGAUUCCAGAUGAUUGGCUACGUGGUCAUACGAAUGCUGAAAAUGCAGUUGAUGGACAAUUUAUGCUUGCUUUAACACAAGCUCCUUGGUUUAUUAAAAAAUUCUUGAAAAUACGCACUGAACGUGAAUGUCAAGAAUAUGUCGAACUUCUUCUAGAAAAAUGUAUCACAAAAAAUUUAUCACAACGAGAAAAAAUUAUGGAAGAAUAUAAUAAAUAUAAACGUACGAAGUGUAUUUACUCAUUGCUUACUAUUUAUACUAUGAAUACGCCCAUAUAUGGAGCACUUCAAACUGAAACAAGUGCUUAUGCAACUAUUCUUUUUCUUCAUCUGAAUGAAUUGAUUAAUCGAACAUUUAUAGGACAAACAUAUCGUGGUGCAAGUAUGACUCAAAAUGCUAUUGAAGCUUACAAAUGGGCACAAAGUUCUAAAGAUUAUAUUUUAGAAACACGUACAUUUCAAUCAACAUCAAAAUUGAGAGCUGUAGCAGAAAUGUUUAGUGAAUCUGAGGUUGAAUCAAAUCAAAUAUCUGUCAUAAUCACUUACAUAUUUAAAGAAAAAUGUUCUACUGCAAUUGAUUUAGGUGAACUUUCGAAUUUUCCUGAAGAAUGUGAAGUAUUAUUAUUUCCAUUUACUACAUUCAGAGUUGAAAGUAUCACUAUUGAUUCUGCAAAUGGAUUCUGUAACAUUUCUCUACUCUACAUACCAUCUACUCAAAAAUCUUUCAUUUCUUCAUGGUUACAUGUAAAAGCGUGA